CUGCAACUUCCGGUACAAGCUCAAGCUGAAUGAAUGAAAGACCAGUCGCUACCAGAAGUUUCCAAACAAAACUCUCGUUUUAUUUUGAUUUUGUCAAUAUAUUUUCAAAUAUUUCUCGUGAAAGCAAUCGCAAACAAAUAACCAUAAUGUCUGCUGUAAAUACACAAAAGCUUCAGUGUUACAACAAGGGAUGUGGGCGUGUUUAUUUGCUGGAGGAAGACGGUGAAGGUUGUUGUAUUCACCAUCCUGGGGCUCCUGUAUUCCAUGAUGCCUUGAAAGGAUGGUCAUGCUGUAAGAAGAGAACCACUGAUUUCACUGAAUUCCUCAACAUACCGGGAUGUGCAAAGUCAAAACACAAUCCAAUGAAACCGGUUGAAGAGCCCAAACCAGAAUCAACCAACGAUGAUGAUGUUGUGCCUGAGGUUGCAGUAGAACCCCCACCACGUCGGCCAAUUCAGAAUGCUGAUCCUGAAGAAAGACCCAGCAUAGAUGAGCCAAUGAUUAAACUACCUCUAUCAGUUGAUCCAUCAUUAAAAGCAGCUCUUGAAAGAAUGUCAUUAAAUUCCCAAACACAGCAAGACACCACUCAGGAUGAUGGAGAAAUCAAGAAGGGAACAGUAUGCAAGAACAAGGGCUGUCAGAUGCCUUAUGAAGGUGAGAUCAGUCUAUCAGAUCGAUGCAGGUAUCACCCUGGAGCAGCUAUAUUCCAUGAAGGAAUGAAGUACUGGUCGUGUUGUAAUAGGAAGACUUCAGACUUCAACAACUUUUUAAAUCAGGAAGGAUGUACUAUAGGCUGCCAUGUUUUUAAGAGUUCAGAGAGUGAGGAGAAGAAGCUGGUUGCAUGCAGGCAUGACUGGCAUCAAACGGGUAAAAUGGCUGUCCUAUCUGUGUAUUCUAAGAAGUCUGAUCCAAGUGCUACGGUUGUACAAGCUAACCAAGUCUCCUUAGAUAUACAUAUAUCAUUUGACCAAGGCAAGAGUGCAUUUAGGAAAACCAUCAAACUAGAAGGGGUGAUUGAUCCAAACCGUAGCGUUGUUAACAUGCUCGGAAGCAAGGUGGAGAUUAAACUACACAAAGCAGAGGCAAUGGCAUGGAAGAAGUUUGAACUGGAAUAAUGAGAACUGCUGCUAUAGAAAUAAUGAGUGAAUCAAAAGGGGUCAUUCUCAUUAAAAGGAAGAUUUCAUCGCAUUAAGGGACUGGUGCUUGAAACUGAUCCUGUAGAAACGCAAGAUAACCUGUUAUUUUCAUAGACUUUGUACACAAUGACAAGUUGGUGACAGGUAAAUUAUAGAUCACAUAUUUCUAAGGAUUUCACAAGCAUUUAGAGAGUUUUUUGAUGGGGGGGGGGGCAUUUGUUUCUGUUUGUGAAUUCUUAGUUAACCAAAGAGAUUGCCUUUUGUGUAUGGUAACAUACACAUGUAUGUUAAGGCCCUGUCACAUCGUUCAGUGCAAGACUUGCGGGUGACUUCUUUUGCAACCUGUAGGUCCCUCGCAGGUCACCCGAAUCGAUGAUAUCUCGCACGCAUCUCUGAUGCAGUUGCCUGUAGAAGCACACGCAAGUCUGAUUUGCAUGCAGAAAAGUUUUGAACAUACUCAAAACUUUGUUGCGGGUGAUUGCCCGUAACUCACCCGCAAGGCUUGCACGGAACGAUGUGACAUGGUCUUUACUAAGUAAGGAAUCUUAAUUGAAUCAAAAAAAAAAUUGAACAUACAGUUGCAUUUUAGUACAUGCAUUCAAGGCCAAAAUAAUGAGCAAUGUGCAAGAGCACAUGGAUAUACUGCAUGGAAGUCUACAGGAUAGAGAGCAGUAUACCCAGGUGGUGAUUCAAAUAGCGAGUUCAUUAUUUUUGCCUUGGUAUUUUAGCUCCUUAUUGCACAAGCAAACACAUGUAUUCUUUGUUUUAUACAACUCCUCCACUGGACUACUUCCCCAAUCCUGAGGUGUCCCAAUAUAUUGUGGCUUUCCACAACAAUGUCACAUCUCCUCCAAUGCACUUAAUAUGUAGUCAAGAAGACCUCAUGGUUGGAAACCAAAAGGCUGUGCAAUGUACUAAGUUCUGAUAAUCAAUCUGUGCUUCUAAGCCAAUAUGAAAGAAGCAUAGUUGUCAGAUCUGGCGAAAUGUCAGUCCACAAAUGAUAAUGAAACUUGCCGCUGAUUUCAAGCUAUUAUUCUUGGAAGGUGUGUAAAAAAAGUAUACCAUGCUUUCAGAAAAGUAUAGAGUGCUUUGAAACUGCAUGCUCUUACACAUGUAAUUGGGUAUCAAAUCAAUAUUUUGACCACCUGUAUCCAUGUUGUUUGGGUGUAUGCUUACACACAUAUAUAUUUAUGAAGUUCUCCUUAUGUUUUGCAUUCUUACAAUUAAAACAUGGGGUUUUUGAAUUAUUUUCUUAGCAAUAAUAGAUCAAUUAAAAGCUUUUUUGUCACAAUAUUUGCUUUAAUGGAAUGAUUUAGAAAAAGUCGAAGGACAGACCAGGGGCACCACACCAUACUGUGAAUUUAGGUAAUGUUUUGUUUUACCGAUUAACUCUUUACACGGAAUAAACAUGUGUAUUGAUAUUAAUUUCAGACAUAGCAUGGUGUAAUCCAGCUCUCACUUAUUUGGUCACACACUAAGGAUAGUAGCCUGAAAAAAAAAAAAACAUUUUCAGGAAUAUAUUGAUUAAGAGGACAUUUAAAAUGGCCAUUUCUUGGAAUCAAACAUUCUGUUUAGUUUUUGACAGUGCAUUGAAUUAAUGUUUGGUGACAUUAUGACAUACAUCAAAUUCUGAUAUUUUGCAUAGAUCUAUGACAACUUAAUUUCAAUUUAACAGGUUAUGCACACAGUAUAGAAAUAUAAUCACAGUUUUUAAAUAUAAGGUACGUUUUAUUUCGUAUGAACUUUACAUCUUGAUAGUAUGCGACACAUUGACCUAGAAGCUUAACAAAUUAUACACUUGUUGCAAAGUUCAGGAACAUAAUUUUCUAAGUUUUCAUUUUCAAUUUUCAUUAAAUUCUUUUGCCUUUUCAUCCCGAUUGUGAUUGACAAACAUGUUCAAUUUUAUGCACUAACUUAUUUAUUAUAUACAGUAGUAAAGAAAAAAAGGAAACAAUUCUUAUUUAUGAAAGAUGUGUUUUUGAUAAAUGACUAGAAGAUAUAAGGAAUGAUUGUUGCAAUAUACGUGGAUAUAUGGUAAACUUCUAAGAAAAUGUUGAGCAUUAUACCAAAAUAAUGUUUAUUGGAGGAAAUAAAUGUGCUCUAUUUUAA